UUAUGAUUGUAUUAUGAUUUUUGAAAACGUCAAAAACCAACCAAAACCGAAAAAUGUUCAAUAAUAUAAGGAAUAUGCUUUUUUCAAGAGCUUGCAAAUCUUUGUUGUGUUAUAGUCUAAGCAAAAACAUAGUUACUUUAUCUCGAUCAAAGAUUCACCGUGUUGUUUUAUGCAACAGUUAUUUGUAUAACCUAGAAACAAAUCGACUCAAAAGUAAAGCACGUAAAAGCAAACUGAAUCAGGGAGAGUUUGAGACAGACAGUACAGGAGAAAAGUCAGAGGACGAUUUUUUGACUACCGUUAAGGACAGGAACACAAAAACCCUGAAAGUUGAUGUUCCCUCACUCAGGUUUGAUGCCAUACUAAAAGCAGGACUAGGUCUGUCCAGAAACAAAAUUGAAGCUUUGUUCUAUGAGAGUAGAGUGAGACUCAAUGGGGAAAAGGUUCUAAAGAAAAGUAUUGCUGUUCAAGAGGAUGAUGAAAUAGAUGUGAUAAAAGGUUUUAGUAACUCAAAUCCUGAACACUUGGUAGUUGCUAGAGUUGAAGUUUUAUCUGUGAAACCUCAACCUGAUGAUGAAAAAAUUGCAGUGAAACUAAGAAGAUGUAAAAGUUUAACAAUAGAAAACUAUCCUGGCAGUAAUAAGUGGGGUGGCUGAUUAUAUUAUAUUGCUACUUAUAUUUCAAUAAAAACAAUGUUUUAUAUUUUGUCAAGUGCUUGUUCCCAAUCUGCAAUCAAGUCAUCUAUGUUUUCUAAUCCUGUUGUUACUCUUAUUAAAUUGUCCGUUAUGCCUGAAAUUUUCUUCAAUUUAUCAGGUGUAUCUCUAUGACUCAGUAGUGUUCUAGAAAUAAAUAAAAUCAAAAUAUGUGUGGUUAUAUAAUGAAAUAAAUAUAGCCAGAAUGCGAAGGUGAUACGUCCAUAAAUAAUAAAUUUUGUGAAAUCAGGAAUGUAUAUCCUGAUUGUCAACAAAAACCAUGAGCAUAGAUUUCUGCAUCUUUGGAGUAUGCCUUUUUGGAAUCUUGACAGAAGACUAUGAACGGAUUAUUUUAUUUUAUGAAUUUUUUUUU